GGACCGACCUGGCUACAACAGUGAAAGAUCACUGUUCACUAGGCUCACUUUGUUUUUUGUUGUUGUUGUUGUUGUUUUCUGAGAAUUACGUUACAUUAAGGUUUGAUGGACGCCGCUCAGAAAUGUCACCAUUAGUGCCAUUUUACUUUGUUUCUAGCAAAGGUUUACGGCAGCAUUGGUCUUCUUUGUCAGAUAUUGUGCAUCACUUGUUAGCGAGUACUCCGUUAAGGUAAGACAUAGGCGCUGACGCAAACGAGAUGAGUCGUUUCCUUAACGUCCUGCGGAGCUGGCUGGUGAUGGUGUCAGUCAUCGCGAUGGGAAACACAGUGCAGAGCUUCAGAGAUCACAGCUUCCUGUCCGAGAAGCUUUACACGGGCACGCCUGAGUUUGUCAAUGGUCUUCAAGCUCGGACAUUUGGCAUUUGGACAUUGGUGUCAUCCAUCAUUCGCUGUGCUUGUGCCAUUGAUAUACAGAACAGAACGUUGUAUCACAUCACUUUGUGGACAUUUGUGCUGGCACUGGGUCAUUUUCUGUCUGAGGCCUUCAUCUACAAAACUGCACCUCUCACCAUCGGGGUCAUGGCACCUCUUAUUGUGGCCAGUUUCUCAAUCAUAGCAAUGCUGAUAGGUUUUCAGUGUUUUCCAGAGACUCCAGAGGAAGUGGGAGCACAGCAGAAAAAACGGAACUGAAUGGCCCCUCAUGUCAGAGUCCACUUGACAUGUUUAGAUUGAUUGUUGUGUGCUGCUUCCCAGAUGUCAUUUUAUGGUAUUUCAUACAGUGACUCAACCUUUCUCAGAACUCUAUAUGUGAAUUAUCAUGCUCUCAACAUGUCGUAAAAUUGGAAAACACAAGAUUUCUUUAACAAAGGAACAGAAACUCCAUUGAGCGCCUCAUUCAUGCUUGCUUUGUGUCAUACAAAACACUGGACUCCACUCAAAAGUCAUAUGAGGUCCCCAAUAGGAAUAAUUUAUUUAAUGUGUUUGAAUUAUCAAGGAGUGAAAUCUCGUUCACAGCUUUUUUCAAAGACCUAUAAUUCCAUAAAAUGAUAAAUUAGCAACUCCACCAAUCACAUAAUCUGUAACAGAGAAUCCACAAGACAAAAAUCCCCAACAUAUAAACUGAAAUAAGUAUCACAAACUAUGCAUUUCUCUGUAAUGAGUUUACAAGCAAAGCAUAUUUUUAAUUAGUAAAAUAUUUGGUGUUUUUCUUGUGCAAAA